GCUUUGCCUCCACGACAGCCGCCUAAUUCCAUAAUAACUAAACACCGAGGGGCGCUGUGCCUCCAUUACACUGAAAUGUUACCACAGAAGUAACGGAAACCUACAUUUUCAAAAGUUAAUACGGGGUGUGCUAAAUAUCAAACAGUUAAUCAAAUUAAAUUAAACCAAACCUAACCCUUUCACCCAGAACCUCAUUCCUUCGGGCAAGAAUGCAGAAUAACAUAGACCACUUUCCACGGCGAUUUGAGGCCAGCACCUCACACUUUUUCCCGCAGGGGUGUGCCACUGAAUACUAGCACUGGGGGGUGGUGGUGGGGGGUAUCUACCCCCGCCCUCCACUCCCCGCUUCCAUCCCUCUCGCAUUUCUCGCCCAUUCUCCCUCAUUUGUCACUCCUACGCAUAGUCGCAGAGAAGCAACAGCUAUCCGGAGUGUGUGGAAUCAAUCGGAGUGAGCUUAACUCAGUUCUUAGUUCUCCAGUAGGCUACACUGUUAAAUGUGAUUGGGCAGCAUUUGCGACAAAUAUGGCAAAACAGACUACCGAUGGAUUUGCUUUUUUCUCUGUUAGAUUAUGUGGAUGAAAUAACAAACAGCACUGAGCUGCUGGUUAGAAUCUGAAGAGAAUUGAACGGGUCGCUCAAACCGACAGAGAUUGGAAACAGACGAGUUUUCAAUCGUUGUCUUCGAUUGAGGUUUGGGCAUUGCUUCUCCGCGAGUCCACAUUGUUUCGAGGUUUCAUCCCGACGGUCAAGCAGCCUAUAGCCCAUUCAUGUUGCAAGAAUUCGGUUUAUGACAAUGGAUUACUUGCUGUCUAUAUGCAGCUUAUUGCUCCCGGUGGUGUUUGGCGUUGAAGAAACUCUCAUGGACAGCAAAUGGGCUACCACAGAGCUGGCCUGGACCACCUAUCCAGAAAGCGGGUGGGAGGAGGUGAGUGGCUACGACGACAACAUGAACCCCAUCAGGACGUACCAGGUGUGCAACGUGAAGGAGCCCAACCAGAACAACUGGCUGCGCUCUGACUUCAUCCCGCGCAAAGGCGUGCUCCGUGUCUACGUGGAGCUCAAGUUCUCGGUGCGCGACUGCGCCAGCAUCCCCAACAUCCCAGGCUCGUGCAAGGAGACAUUCAACCUGUUCUACUACGAGGCGGAGAAGGACACCGCCACGGUGUCCAGUCCGCCCUGGAGGGAAAACCCCUACGUGAAAGUGGACACCAUAGCGCCAGACGAGAGCUUCUCCUUGCUCGUGUCGGGCCGGGUCAACACCAAGGUGCGCAGCUUCGGCCCGCUCUCCAAGGAGGGCUUCUACCUGGCCUUCCAGGACCUGGGCGCGUGCAUGUCUCUCAUCUCGGCCAGGGUCUUCUUCAAGAAGUGCUCCACCACCAUCGCCAGCUUCGCCGUCUUCCCCGAGACGGCCACGGGUGCCGAGGCCACCUCCCUGGUCAUCGCCUCGGGCGCAUGUGUGCCCAACGCCGCGGAGGUGUCCGUCCCCCUGAAGCUCUACUGCAACGGGGAUGGCGAGUGGAUGGUUCCGGUGGGCUCGUGCACCUGCAUGGCGGGCUUCGAACCAGCCAUGAAAGACACACAGUGCCAAGCAUGUCCUCCUGGCACCUUCAAGUCGGAGCAGGGUCAGGGCUUUUGCUCGCCCUGUCCGCCCAACAGCCGCACCAGUGCCAGGGCCUCCAACCUCUGCCCGUGUCAAAAUGGCUACUACCGGGCCGACUCGGACUCCCCGGACUCUGCUUGCACCACUGUGCCGUCCGCCCCGCGAAAUGUCAUUUCCAGCGUGAACGAGACGUCCGUGUCCCUGGAGUGGGCGGAGCCAAAGGAACUGGGCGGCCGGCGCGACGUGGUCUACAACGUCGUCUGCAAGAAGUGCCUGCACAGCGGUGGCGCCUGCUCGCGCUGCGACAGCAACGUGGACGUGUCUCCACGGCGACUGGGCCUGGCUGAGCGCUGGACGGCGUUGAGGAACCUGCAGGCGCACACGCGCUACAGCUUUGAGAUCCAGGCCGUCAACGGUGUCUCGGCCAAGAGCCUGGCUACACCGAACUAUGCCACCGUCAACAUCACCACCAACCAAGCGGCUCCCUCAGCGGUCCCCACGGUGCUUCUGAUGAGAGCCACGGCUGGAACCAUGAGUCUUUCCUGGCUGCCGCCCGAACAACCCAACGGAGUCAUCCUGGAUUAUGAGAUUAAAUACCACGAGAAGGGCGAGGCCUUUUCCCACACGGUGACUGCCCAACACAGCUCUGCCAGGGUGGAAGGCCUGAAGGCCGGCACCGCCUACACGGUGCAGGUUCGGGCGCGCACCGUGGCCGGGUAUGGGCGCUACAGCUUCCCGGCGGAGUUCAGUACCAACGAACACAGCGACCCAGAAAGGUCUGUGCAGGAUCAGCUGCCACUCAUCGUGGGUUCUGCCACAGCAGGGUUUGUUGUCAUUAUCGCCCUGGUUGUCAUCUCCGUCGUCUGCCUCAGGAAACAGCGCACAGGCUCUGAGCUGGAGUACACUGAGAAGCUGCAGCAGUACGUCACCCCCGGUGUGAAAGUCUACAUCGACCCUUUCACAUACGAGGACCCUAAUGAGGCAGUCCACGAGUUUGCCAGAGAGAUCGACAUCUCCUGCGUGAAGAUAGAGGAAGUGAUUGGAGCAGGGGAGUUUGGUGAGGUGUGCCGGGGCCGCCUAAAGCAGCCGGGCCGGAAGGAGGCGGCCGUGGCCAUCAAGACUCUGAAGGCCGGCUACACCGAACGCCAGCGGAGGGACUUCCUGGGCGAGGCGAGCAUCAUGGGACAGUUCGACCACCCCAACGUCAUCCACCUGGAGGGUGUGUUGACCCGCAGCUGCCCAGUGCUCAUCGUCACGGAGUUCAUGGAGAACGGAGCGCUGGACUCCUUCCUCAGGAUGAAUGAUGGGAGGUUCACCGUGACUCAGCUGGUGGGGAUGCUGCGUGGCAUCGCCUCGGGGAUGAAGUACCUCUCCGAGAUGAACUACGUCCACCGGGACUUGGCUGCUCGCAACGUCCUGGUCAACAGCAACCUGGUCUGCAAGGUGUCCGACUUUGGCCUGUCCCGCUUCCUGGACGACAACUCCUCCGACCCCACCUACACCAGCUCACUGGGGGGAAAGAUCCCGAUACGCUGGACUGCCCCAGAGGCCAUAGCUUUCCGGAAGUUUACCUCAGCCAGUGAUGUGUGGAGCUAUGGCAUAGUGAUGUGGGAGGUGAUGUCAUUUGGAGAGAGGCCUUACUGGGACAUGAGCAACCAAGAUGUGAUGAACGCAGUGGAGCAGGACUACCGCCUGCCCCCGCCCAUGGACUGCCCCACGGUGCUGCACCAGCUCAUGCUGGAGUGCUGGCUCAAGGAGAGGAACCAGAGGCCCAAGUUUGCCCAGAUCGUCAGCACCCUGGACAAGCUGCUCCGCAACGCCGCCAGCCUCAAAGUGGUCACCAACUCGCACUCAGGGGAUCUCCUGCAGGUGGGCGGGACACUGCCUGGCCAUCAGAGGAAGAGCCUAACAUUAGCCGACACACAAGACCUGAGGCAGCAGAUGAGCCAAACGCUUCCCAUCCGCGUCUGAAGAAGAGACGUAGCGCGCGCGCGCGCGCGCGAGAGAGAGAGAGAGAGAGAGAGAGAGAGAGAGAGAGAGAGAGAUUGUUGAGACACAGAUGAGAGGAGACCUCCAGUUGAGCCCCCAGAAAAAGAAAAAAAAACGCAACCAAGUCUUACCAACCCUUACCUGCCAGCAGAAUUCCCCGGAUCGAUUCCCCCACCACCACAACCUCCACCCCUCAUCCCAACCCUGCCUCAGAUCCCCUUUUUUGGGACUCCUUGGAUGAGUGUCACUCCUUGGAGUGCUGGAUCAGAGCAGCACGCGUGGACCAGGCAUGGAGGCCCUGUCUUUUACAGCCAGCAGAGGGUCAUAAGUAGACAAUACAUGAAGGACCAUCUACCAGACCACCCGUGAGAGACUUUCCUUUUGAAAAGGAAGAAAAAAUACAAAGAGACAGAACUAAUGCAGUGUACAGAAAGACAUGAUUUGACUCUCCAUGGAGAAGUGUACAGUGGAUCUGUAGUCAGUGGAGAGCUGGACGUUUCGCAUUGGAUUGGUAACACUGUAAGGAAAGCCUAUGGAAGGCAGACAGAUCUUCCUCUCAGUCUUGCAGUGGCCAGAGGCCAUUACUUUUUCACUCCUUAUCCUCUUUUUGCACUGAAUUGUCAUAAUGCAGAUGUAAAAAAAAAAAACUAAUUUCAAUUUUUUCUCAGGUUCUGUUUGCAUGCCUGCAUGAAGGUUUUUUUAAUUUUCCCUCGUGGCUAAAACAUCCACUACCUUGCUCAUGUGACUUUCACUCUUCUUCCCUGACUCUACCUUCCUCUCGGACUGGAACUCUGAAGUGAGAGGUGAC